AUGAUUACGACUGAUCGAGGCGCGCACUUAGAGUCCACACUUUUCCUAACUCUCUUCAACCUCCUUGGCUGCACACGUAUUCGGACGACGGCCUACCACCCAGCUGCCAACGGCAUGGUUGAGCGUUUCCACCGCCAGCUAAAAAGUGCACUGCGUGCCGCAGAAGAUCCCGAAAACUGGGCAGACAAUGUACACGUUGCACUUCUUGACAUUCGUGCGGCACUGAAGUCAGACUUGGACUGCAGCGCAGCCGAAUUGGUUUUCGGCACUACCCUCCGACUCCCUGGUGAGAUGGUCACCCCAACCUCUCGUGGUGCCGAAGAGACCCCUAAAAUUUUGUGCAUCGUCUGGGACAAUUCAUGCGCUCGCUCUCCCCGGUUCCACCUCGAGCCCCAUCGACCGAGCCUUAUGUUGAAAAAGGCUUAG